AUGGCUGGUACCAGUAAGAAUGAGGAAUCAUUAAAAAUACUUGACGCUUUACAAAAAUCUCAUAACGUAGAAUUUGAUUACUUUUUUAAAAGUGUUUCUAAAAGAGUAAAAUUGAUAAAUUUAGAAUCAAUUGAAAAAAACAAAUUAGUACUUGAACUUUUAUUAAAACCUGAAGAUUGCAGUGUUUCAGGAAAUAUACACGGUGGAUUUAUUGCCAGUCUAAUUGAUGUUUGUUCUACGCUUGCAAUAAUAGUAAUUUCAGGAAAUAAAUUUGUAAAUGGUGGAGUAUCAACAGACAUUUCAGUAUCAUAUGUAUCGUCGGCUAAAUCAGGAGAUGCUAUGUUGAUAGAAUGCUUUGUUUAUAAGGCUGGUAAAAACUUAGCGAAUACUUAUACAGUUAUUAAGAAUAAGGUUAAUGAUAAGGUUAUUGCUAUUGGUCAACACACCAAAUUCAGUGUAAGAUUUUUCAGUUCUUCAUUACCAACAAGACAAGAAGUUGAAGUUUUUGUUGAUGGAAAUCCAGUGAAGAUAGAACAAGGAAGUGCUGUUAUUCAAGCUUGUGAAAAAGCUGGUUAUACAAUUCCAAGAUUUUGUUAUCAUGAGCGAUUAUCUAUAGCUGGUAAUUGUAGGAUGUGUCUUGUUGAAUUGGAAAAAUCACCAAAGCCCAUUGCUUCUUGUUCAAUGCCAGUGAUGCCAGGAAUGAAGAUUCAUACAGAUACACCGUUAGUUAAAAAGGCUCGUGAAGGGGUGAUGGAAUUCCUUCUAGCAAAUCAUCCAUUGGAUUGCCCAAUUUGUGACCAAGGUGGAGAAUGUGAUCUUCAAGAUCAAUCUGUGAGAUAUGGUAGUGAUAGAGGUAGAUUUCAUGAAGUUACAGGAAAAAGAGCAGUAGAAGAUAAAGACCUUGGACCUUUAAUUAAAACCACCAUGACAAGAUGUAUUCACUGUACUCGUUGUGUAAGAUUCUCUAAUGAAGUUGCAGGUGUCCCUGACUUAGGAACGAGUGGGAGAGGAAAUGAUAUGCAAAUCGGCACAUAUAUUGAGAAAACAUUAGAUUCGGAGGUUUCAGCAAAUAUUAUAGAUUUAUGUCCUGUUGGAGCAUUGACGGCCAAACCUUAUGCAUUUUCAUAUAGACCAUGGGAGUUGAAAAGAUCAGAAUCAAUUGAUGUUAUGGAUGCUAUUGGGAGUAACAUUAGAAUUGAUUCACGAGGAGUUGAAGUGAUGAGGAUUUUGCCAAGAAUAAAUGAUCAAGUGAAUGAGGAAUGGAUAUCAGAUAAAACAAGAUUUGCUUUUGAUGGUCUUAAAAGACAAAGACUUACUGUGCCACUAAUUCGUCAAGGAGAUAAGUUUUUAAGUGUUAAUUGGGAACAAGCAUUGACAUAUGUAGCUAAUAAACUAGACACUAUCAAAGGCUCUGAGGCUAGAGCAAUUGCAGGAGAACUUGCAGAUGCAGAAAGUUUAGUAGCACUUAAAGAUUUAUUUAAUCGAUUAGGAUCAGAUAAUUUAACAAUUGAUACAUUAAAUGGAUCAAAGAUUCCCCCUCACGGAAUAGAUUUUAGAUCCAAUUAUUUAUUAAAUAGUAAAAUUUCAGGGAUAGAGAAAGCCGAUGUGCUAUUGUUAGUUGGAGCAAACCCUCGACAUGAAGCACCACUUAUUAAUACGAGAAUAUUUAAGAGUUAUCUUCAUAAUGGUUUAGAUAUUGGGUUAAUAGGUGAUGCUGUUAAUACAACCUACGAGUACGAUCAUAUUGGAGAUAAUAGUGGCGCAUUAGAAAGUAUAUUAAACGGAGAACAUAUAUUUGCCAAAAGGAUAAACGAAGCGCAAAAACCAUUAAUUAUUAUUGGAAGUGGCGUUUUAGAACACCCUGAUUCAGAAUAUAUAUUUUCUAUGGUAUCAAAAAUAGUUGAUAAAUAUUCAAAUAAAAUAUUCCAAAAUGAUUGGAAUGGUUAUGGAGUUUUACAAAGGGUUACAAGUUAUGCGGCAGCAUGUGAUAUUGGAUUUGUUCCAUCCAGUUCAUCUUCAAUAAACAGCAAACCAAAAUUUAUUUAUUUAUUGAAUGCUGAUGAGAUUUCACCUGAUGAUAUUCAAAAAGAAGCAUUUGUUGUAUAUCAAGGACAUCACGGCGAUGUAGGUGCAAAUUAUGCGGAUGUUAUUUUACCCGGAGCAGCUUACACAGAAAAGACAGCAACUUAUGUUAAUACAGAAGGAAGAACACAAUUAACACGUGCUGCAGUACCACCUCCAGGAGCAGCAAGAGAAGAUUGGAAGAUUAUUCGGGCGUUAUCUGAAGUUUCAGGAUUUACAUUACCAUAUGACGAUUUAGCAAGUUUGAGAGAUCGUAUGAAUGAAUUAGCACCACAUCUUACACAUUACGAUAUUGUUGAAAAUAAUAGUAAUCCACAACUUGGACUUAAACCAUUUUUAAAAUCAGAAGCAAAAUCAACAGGAGCUAUAUUCAAGUCCAUUAUUCAAGAUUUUUAUAUGACGAAUAGUAUUUCUAGAGCUAGCCAAACAAUGGCUAAAUGUUCGAGCACCUUUUCUACAAGAAAUCAAACAAAAACAGCACAAGCCUUGUCAGCUUAA